AUGCAGGAAGCUAUCAAUUCAAUUUCACACGGACAAAUACCGGAAGAAUGGCUAAAAUAUGCUUAUGCUACGAAAAAAUCUCUGGCAAAUUUUAUUCAAGACUUCCUGCACCGAAUAAAUUACUUCCAGAAUUGGGUCGACAGUGGCAUUCCUGCAUCAGUUUGGCUUCCGGGUUUCUACUCACCUCGUGCUUUCUUAGCAACCAUUCGCCUCAACUUCACCCGAAAACAUAAAAUUCCCGUGGAUGAAAUUGAAUUAGAAUUUGACCUUUGUGAGACACCCAAUGGGGACUCAAUUGAAAUAUCUGGAUUAUUUCUGAGUGGAGCUCGAUUUGAUCGGGAGCUCAAUUCUCUGGCAGAAUUGAAUCCUCGGCAGUUGCAUGAUGAAUUGCCGGGAAUUGCAUGCACACCGCAAAAUGUGGAAGAGAAAAUUCAUUCAAAUACUUACAUCUGUCCAACGUACGUUCUGCUAUCCGACCGAAAGGACAUGGAGGACACUCCGGGUGGAAAUGGGCAUUUUAUAAUGGAAAUCCCACUGAGAAUUCCCAGUGAUUCAUCACCAGAUCACUGGAUUCUUCGUGGAGUUGCUGCACUUUGUCAACUUAAUUAA